AUGGUUAAUUGUUCAAAUUCUUCAGCGAGGCGGGUGAUCAAGGUGAGUCUCAAAACAUCUAAGAGAUUUAUCAAUGUGAAAAGGAGAAAGCAGUGUGUUAAAGGGCGGGGUGAGAGACGGAUCGUUAGAAGUAGUUCGGAAAAUGGUUCCAAAGGAGGGGAAUUUCUUGAUGGAGAGAAAUGCGAUCCUAAUGAAGCGGAGAUGACUAUAGUUGUAGCUGAAGCUUUGGGGUGGAGUUUUCAGGUCUCGGAAAUCAGUGGUUUUCUCCAAAAAAGAUUAAGUGGUAAUUUUGAUAGGGAGGUAGCCUUUGCGCCUGCCGAUGGUGCUUCAGGUGGGUUAAUAUCUUUGUGGGAUCAAAAUAUGUUUGAGGUGUGUAGUAUUGUUGUUCUUAGGAGAAUGAUAGCUCUCAAAGGAAGAUUACUAUUCAAUAACAUGAUGACAGGUCUUAUUAACGUCUAUGGGUCGAAUGUGCAAGGGGAGAGGAGAGAUUUUUUUGAGAAUCUGAUUGCUAUUAUUUCUGAUUGGAACAUCCCUGUGAUAGUGGGGGGAGAUUUUAAUGUUGUUAGGAAGGAUUCUGAAAGAUUAGGGAUUCAAGUUCAAUCGGUUGUGACAAGGAUUUUUGAAGAAUUUAUUGCUUUCUGUCAGCUAAUUGAGGUUCCUAAUACGGGUAGUCAAUUUACAUGUUUGUUUCCUCAACUGGUGCAAUUUUCACUUCCUAGAAGAUUAUCUGAUCAUAAACCGAUUGUUCUAAAAGAAAGGAGGUUAAAGAAGUUCAUUAGACCUUUUAAAUGGUUUAAUCAUUGGGCUGAUGACUCUAUUCUGGCAAAUACAAUCAGUGAUUUAUGUGAUGUGAAUAGAGGUAAAGGUAUGAAUAAAAUUCUGCAGCUGAUAAAGAAUGCGACCAAGGAAAGAGAGAGAGCAGUAAGAGAAAUGAAUCUGGAUUCUGCUAAAGAAAUUAGAAAUAAAAUUGAUUCAUCAGAGGUUAAGUCGCUGUCAAAUCCUACAAAUGCUCAAAUCCAGUCAGAGAUUACAAUGUUGAAGUCUAGAUUGUGGUCUGUUAUGAGGAAUGAUGAACGAGAUUGGUUACAAAAAUCAAGGCUGAGAUGGUUUAAAGAGGGUGAUAGGAACACUAAAUUUUUCCACCUCUCAGCUAUAUCAAGGGUCAUAAAAAUCAGAUUUUUAAGCUGUUGGUGCAGAAUUCAAUUAUCAAAACACAGGUUGGAAUACAACAAGCGUUUGUGA